AUGGAGGGACUGGAAGAAAAUGGAAGUGUCCAGGUGGGAGAAUUGUUACCUUGCAAGAUUUGUGGAAGAACGUUCUUUCCAGUGGCAUUAAAAAAACAUGGACCCAUUUGCCAGAAAACUGCCACUAAAAAACGGAAGACUUUUGAUUCAAGCAGACAGAGGGCUGAAGGAACUGAUAUUCCAACAGUAAAGCCUCUUAAACCUAGGCCUGAACCACCAAAGAAACCAUCUAAUUGGAGAAGAAAACAUGAAGAAUUCAUUGCCACCAUAAGAGCAGCUAAAGGCCUUGAUCAGGCACUUAAAGAGGGUGGAAAACUUCCUCCUCCUCCUCCACCUUCUUAUGAUCCUGAUUAUAUUCAGUGUCCAUAUUGCCAGAGGAGAUUUAAUGAAAAUGCAGCUGAUAGACAUAUUAAUUUCUGUAAAGAACAGGCAGCAUGUAUUAGUAAUAAAGGCAAAUUUUCUACUGAUACCAAAGGAAAGGUGACUUCUCGGACACAUUAUAAGCCGCCUGCACUUAAAAAGUCAAAUUCUCCUGGAACUGCACCAUCAGGAUCUUCACGAUUACCACAACCAAGUGGCACUAGCAAAACUGUUGUAGGUGUGCCUUCAGGUAAAGUGUCUUCAGUUAGCAGCUCUUUGGGAAACAAACUUCAGACCUUAUCUCCCUCCCAUAAAGGGACAGCAGCCCCUCAUGUAGGAAAACGAGGAACCAUCAAACCUCGAAAUUCCACACCACCUAGUUUGGCACGAAAUCCUUCCUCAGGUGUUCUUACAAACAAAAGAAAAACAUAUACUGAGAGCUACAUAGCCAGGCCAGAUGGAGACUAUAUAUCUUCACUUAAUGGCGGAAACGUUAAAGGCAUAGAAGGAAAUUCAACAGGACACUUACCAAAAUUCUGCCAUGAGUGUGGGACUAAAUACCCUGUAGAAUGGGCAAAGUUUUGUUGUGAAUGUGGCAUUCGAAGAAUGGUUCUGUGA